UCUGUUCAGAUGGUAUCCAGUUUUCAAAGCGUAUACGCUCAUAUACUCACCACUUUUAAGGAGCCUUACUUCCAAGGGCGGGGGUUCCCGGUUGGUAGAUCCGUGUCUAGAUUUUCUGCUAAUUUUGGCGACAACGUGGAAUCCUUAAUCAUAAGUGGAUCGACACCUUGGACCAUAGUUUCCUUCAAGGGCCUUACCUAUUGUCUCACACCCACAUUCGAUAAAGCUACAAUUUCAUUUCCCAUUUGUGUCUUCACUACCAUGAAUGACACCGUAAUUGGAAAAGACACGUUUUGGGAGAGUAUAAAACCUGGGUGCACGUCCAAGUCAAAGGUUGUGAAAGUCAAUAGUUGUUUCAGUUUCUCAGAGGCAGCAAAAGUAGUGGAAUCUCCAAAGGGCCCACGACUUGAAGAUGUGGUGAAUGAGGCAAAAAGAGUGAUUUUACCUGCAAUCACAGAAUGCAACAAGAACGAAGAUUUCCUUACCAUUCUCGAUCUUCGAAUAAACAACGAUUUUUCUUCCCCACUACAGAUGCGAUUUCCCAAGAAUAAAAAUGAUGCCUGGAGGACAACUCUUAUCGACACAGUGUUUGACAUUACUAUUCACUCUUUCCCUAUGGUUGACCCAAAUUUACAGCGGAUGCUGAAUGAAAUGUUCGUUUAUGUAAUUGAGAAGGAUGUCUGGUCCAAAGGGUCUGGAAGACCAAAGGAACACACUGAGGACCCUGAAAUUUCCUCUAUUGCGUCAGAAUUAGAAGUGUGUCUCGAGCUCCUCAGCACUAAUGACAACAUUCACCAAGUGAUUGACAUGGUGAAGGAAUAUCUUGAUUUCGUGGAAAGUAUGCCUCUCAUCGACACAUCGGAAAGAUCGGAAUAUAUAAAAGGCGUACUAAUGGAGGAUUUCAAGAGAAAUAUAACGUUUGACUUUAUGAUGGAAAUGAUUUGGCUGGCAAGUAACCAAGUUGCUUCAGCUUGUCACAUUGCUUCCGGCGAAGGGAGCAAUUUUUGGAUAGACUUUUAUCCCAUCUUCAAAGAUAUGUAUUUAACCCCCAUGAUCAAGUUUUGGUCCAACCCAAGUAACUUUGAAAGAUAUUAUCCGCAUUUUUUUGGAGGAAUGCAGUUUAACGUUCAAUAUGAAUACAUGGCACUGUGUUCGUCAUACUACCGGACCAUGUCACAUUUAGACAUUUACUCGAGACCGAGUGAGUUAAGUUUAAAAAAGCAAUAAUAACGUUUAUUUAAUCUGUUACAUUUUCAAAUAGUUAACUGUAUAUUAAAUGUAAUUCUAUUUAUAACCGACUCAUCACAUAUUUGUCGUUGGGAUCGUAUUUGAAAAAAUCUUCGUCAUCGUCAUCAUAAAUAUAUGUAUCACAACAACUGCAUAUCUUAUUGCAGAUAAAUGCAA